AUGCAGAAGGGCCAAGCUGUGCGGGAAUGUGCUGGAGGCAAGCGUUUGGAGAUCUACCGGUGCCCUAUUGAGAUCUCUCCUAAUCCCAAUGUCAUUGAAUUAACAAGCUCUGAAUCAGAGGUCCUCUCCCACCUCUCCGGCCGACGGAAUAAAUGCCGAGUAUCACCCACCCAGCCGGGAGCUUCUGGGAAGCUGCCACCUCCCACACAGGAGAGCAGAAUGUCCUGGUUUAGCGGCAUCCUUGUUCCCAAAGUGGACGAGCGAAAGACGGCAUGGGGGGAGCGCAACGGAAAGAAGGGCAAGCGCAAGAACAACACUUUGUGUGGCCCUCGUUACAUGAGUUGCCUUCAGGACCCUGAAAUGGAGAGGAGUAGCCGUAACAAUUUUAGCCUCCGUUGCACUUGGCAAGAGGACCAUUAUGGAAAGAAGGGGGCUGCUGGUGGUGACUUGGGUCUCAAAAGUGUAGCCCUGGGUUUUGAGGAUGGGGAGGUUAAAAACUCCAAAAUGGGCUCGGCGGAAGUAGUGGGCAUGGAAGAUGGGGAUCGGCACGUGACCCCAAGGGAAUGUUGGAUAAGAUUUCUGCAAGUGUUCCAAUCAAAGAAGUUCCAGUCUGCCAAACUAGAACGCCUUUACCAACGCUACUUCUUCCAGAUGAACCAGAGCAGUCUGACUAUGCUAAUGGGUGCACUAGUGUUAGUAUGCCUGGUGAUGCUGAUAUUUCACUGCACUCAUGGAGCGUUUAAUGAACUGUAUGUGUCUGUACUUGCUGUGGCCAUGGCCCUUUUUCUGUCACUAAUGGUGGUCUGCAACCGAAAUGGCUUUCACCAAGACUAUAUGUGGAUUGUCAGCUACGUAGUUAUUGUAGUGCUUUUUGCAGUGCAGAUUCUUGGUGUUUUAAUGGUCACCCCACGCAGUGCCUCUGAAGGGAUUUGGUGGAGUGUCUUCUUCAUUUACAUCAUUUAUACACUGCUUCCUGUGCGUAUGAGGGCAGCUGUGUUGAGUGGAUUGAUUCUGUCUGCUCUACACUUAAUUAUUUCAUGGAGGCUUAACCUGACAGAUGCUUUCCUUUGGAAACAGCUAAGCGCCAAUGUGCUGAUCUUCCUGUGCACAAAUAUCAUUGGAAUAUGCACACACUACCCUGCAGAGGUUUCCCAGAGGCAGGCAUUCCAAGAAACGCGUGGGUACAUACAGGCGAGACUGCAUCUCCAAAGAGAGAACCAGCAACAGGAACGCCUUCUCCUGUCCGUAUUGCCACGUCAUGUAGCUAUGGAGAUGAAAGAAGACAUCAACACAAAAAAGGAAGACAUGAUGUUUCAUAAAAUCUACAUCCAGAAGCAUGACAACGUCAGCAUUUUGUUUGCAGACAUUGAAGGAUUCACCAGCUUGGCAUCACAGUGUACUGCACAGGAAUUGGUCAUGACACUGAAUGAACUGUUUGCACGUUUUGACAAGUUGGCAGCGGAAAACCACUGCCUGCGGAUAAAGAUCCUGGGGGAUUGUUACUACUGUGUGUCUGGACUGCCUGAGGCCCGAGCCGAUCAUGCUCAUUGCUGUGUGGAGAUGGGUGUGGACAUGAUUGAAGCCAUCUCGCUGGUGCGAGAGGUGACUGGUGUGAAUGUUAACAUGCGAGUUGGGAUACAUAGUGGUCGUGUCCACUGCGGGGUCCUUGGCUUGCGCAAGUGGCAGUUUGAUGUCUGGUCCAAUGAUGUGACCUUGGCCAAUCACAUGGAAGCAGGUGGCAAAGCUGGAAGGAUACACAUUACAAGUGCAACACUAAAGUACCUAAAUGGAGAUUAUGAGGUGGAACCAGGGCAUGGGGGUGAGAGAAACGCGUACCUAAAGGAACAUAAUAUCAAGACUUUCCUGGUGACUGGCUGCAGUCAAAAGAGGAAAGAAGAAAAGGCAAUGUUGGCUAAACUACAGAGGGCGAGAACGAACUCUAAUGAAGCACUCACCCGUGUCUGGGUACCUGAGAGAACGUUCCCACGAAACAAAGGCUCAAAGGCUUUCCGUCAGAUGGGCAUUGAUGAAUCCAGCAAAGACAACCGGAACACACAGGAAGCACUGAAUCCUGAGGAUGAAGUUGAUGAGUUCCUUGCUAGGGCAAUUGAUGCUCGGAGUAUUGACCAACUACGGAAAGAUCAUGUGAAGAAAUUCCUUCUUACCUUCCAGACACCGGACCUAGAGAAAAAGUACUCCAAGAAAGUGGAUGAUCGCUUUGGUGGCUAUGUGGCUUGCACUCUACUGGUCUUUUGCUUCAUUUGUUUUAUUCAGAUUGUGAUAUUUCCACACUCCCUUGUUAUGCUCGGAGUCUACACCAGCAUCUUCAUCAUUCUGGCUAAUAUUCUCUUUGUGUGUGCAGUGUAUUCUUGUAUAAAGCUCUUUCCAUCGGCCUUACAAAGGAUAUCUCGGAAGAUUGUGCAGUCGCGUUUAAACAGCACCCUGAUUGGGAUCUUUUCUAUCUUGCUAGUAUUCACAUCAGCCUUUGUGAACAUGUUUGCCUGUAAUCACCAGAGCCUUGUUGAGUGUGCUGCUGAAGAACUAAACAUCAGUUCGGACUCUGUCCGUGCCUGUCACAUUCAUAUCUUAAACUACAAUCUGACCAUGGAAUCUGCCCCAUGUGGUUCUGACCAACCAACAUGCAACUUUCCUGAGUACUUUAACUACAGCAUCCUUCUCAGUCUGCUGGCCUGCUCCGUCUUUCUGCAGAUUAGCAGCAUAGGAAAGUUGGCACUAAUGUUGUUCAUCCAGAUACUCUAUAUCAUCAUCGUAGAGGUACCCGAGGUCGCCCUCUUUGACAACUACGACCUGCUUGUGACUGCUAAUGCACUCUCUUCUAAUCAGACUCAGGAAGGCGAGGAAUGCAUCGAGGUUGUCAGCAAGAUUGCUCUGAAAUAUUUGACGCCAGUCAUCCUGACAGUGUUUGUACUGGCUCUAUAUCUUCAUGCCCAGCAAGUGGAGUCAACAGCCCGACUGGACUUUCUGUGGAAACUACAGGCAACAGGGGAGAAGGAAGACAUGGAGGAACUUCAAGCAUAUAAUCGGCGUCUCCUCCACAACAUCCUGCCAAAAGAUGUGGCUGCUCAUUUUCUUGCCCGGGAACACAGGAAUGAUGAAUUAUAUUAUCAGUCCUGUGAGUGUGUGGCGGUUAUGUUCGCUUCAAUCAGCAAUUUCUCUGAGUUCUACGUGGAACUGGAGGCCAAUAACGAAGGAGUGGAGUGUCUGCGUUUGCUCAACGAGAUCAUCGCUGACUUUGAUGAGAUUAUCAGUGAAGACCGGUUUCGUCAGCUGGAAAAGAUUAAGACCAUUGGUAGUACAUACAUGGCGGCCUCUGGACUUAAUGAUACCACCUAUGACAAGGAAGGAAAGUCACACAUUACUGCACUUGCUGACUACGCAAUGAAGCUCAUGGAACAGAUGAAAUACAUAAAUGAACACUCUUUCAAUAACUUCCAGAUGAAGAUCGGGCUCAACAUCGGGCCUGUGGUUGCUGGAGUAAUUGGAGCUCGUAAACCCCAAUACGACAUUUGGGGAAACACUGUGAAUGUAGCUAGUCGAAUGGAUAGCACUGGGGUACCAGACCGCAUUCAGGUUACUACUGAUCUGCACCAGGUGCUGGCAGCCAAAGGUUACCAAAUGGAGUGCCGAGGGGUUGUUAAGGUCAAAGGCAAAGGGGAAAUGACCACCUACUUCCUCAAUGACGGGCCAGCCACCAGUUAGCAGGAAUCUCUGAUUCCUGGGGAUGGAGGACCAGAAGACUCAUCCGGACCCCAUUCAGAGUACCAAGAACGAUAAGGAAGUUAUCUAAAUCCCCAGCAGCAGUGCAGGUGCAUGGGGGAAGGGCAGUGCCAAAGCCCCGCACCUGAGAUGCAGAGCUUGGCAGCAGCGUGUUUGUGUGGUGCUGUGCCCCGUGACUAUGCUGCCCUGGUACAGAGCUCUGGCCAGCCCAGGAGUCAGGCUCAACCAUACUACGUAAGCAGAAGAAGCAGCUUUCACCCUGGCACUUAUGAAAAUGCUCACAGGCGGUACUUGCAAGUUAUUUAUUGUGAAUGAGAUGUUUCUAGAUUUUUUUUUGUUUUUAAUUUUUUUUUCUUUAUUUUAUUGGGUUAAACAAAGCAAGAGAAUGAUUUGAAAAAAAACAGACUUGCAUUAAAAAAACAGCAACAUACUUUAAGCUUCUCUAAAAAAAAAAAAAAAAAAAAAAACUGACCAAAGAGCCAGAAGUACGAGCCACAGCAGGGAGUACAUUUAUAUGCGCUGUAUGUUUUCUCUUGUGGGUUAUGUGACCUGUCUCCAGCGGUUUGGUAGAAGUGAGAUCCACGGGAGCCAAGCAGCACCGGCAGAGCUUUGCAAGAACAUCUACAUCUCUGCUACUGAAUUGUUACCUCCCAGUUCACAUGUGCCCAUUACAAAAAAGAAAUCCGCAUUCACUUUCUACACCUUCGGACUCUGGAUUCUGAAUACUACAUACAUAGGACUCUUGACGGGUUUCAGGAAAGUGCAUUUUAACUAUUGUUUUUUCAUUUUACGUUCUCACAAGGAAGUGCUUUCGACAGACUCUCUGAGGUCCCCUUGCAUCCUGAGAGAGUUGCAUGGGAACCAUAUACUGAAAACAGACUUCAGCAGUCUCUGCCUUUUGAUCUCUUCCCUCAACUGCCUCAUUUUCCUUGGAAUGACUGAAGCAGAAACAGAGGAUUGAGAAGACUGCUGGACUUGCGUCUUUUUAUCUUCUGGUUCAUUUUUGUCCCACUGUGAAGCUGUCAGAAUUUUUGUCUCAUUUGCCAAAAUCAAAUCCAACCUGUUGAUGAAGAAAUCUCUGGUUUGGAUGAGGGAUAUAUACCUCCUACACUAGAGGGCAGUGCAAAGACAGCAUUAGGUACUAGCUGGCCUGUUACUUCCCAUGGCAGCAAGUAUAGCCCAGCACCUUAUUCCCAAAAUUGUAGCUUUGGUUCACUGUAAAAGAUGUGUAAGCAUAAGAUGGCUGAAUCCAAUAGUAGUCCUAACUUCCAUGGCGUAUGCUUGAAGCUAGCUAGCUUUGUGCAGUAUUAUUUUACUCGUCUCUAUCAGUUAUUGAAAGCCUUCCAAAACAUUUGUGAGGCUGAGUUUUAAGACUCCGAUGUACUUAAUUGGAUAACAUAGGGCAAGGUGUAAUUUUAAGGCAGUGCUAAGGAUAGUCAGAACGUUGAUACUGAAAAUAAUUGACCUGCAGAUGUUUUGGGGUUUAGUUUUGUUUUUUUGUUUGUUUUUUCAUCUUCACGUGUAGGCAUUCUUUGGCCUGAUUCUAAUUCUGCACAUUACAAGGUAACCAUUAGUGUUUGCCAUUAAAUGCCCCCCUUUGCUCAAUAUUUUAGUUUUGUAUCACGCGCCAGAUUCAUAUAAAGGCAUUAAUGCCACAGGAGAGAGCAAUUCUGUUUAUGGUGCCAAAGAAAAAAAAAAAAAAAAAGAUAAAACAGAAAAGUUCCACCUGUUAUAGUAGAUACAGUAAACACUGGCAUAUUGUAUACAUUGCAAAUAUGCUACAUUUGUUGCUUGUCAUGGUUCCCACUCUGACACUCUCUCUCUUUGCAGAGUAGCUUAACAUCAACAAAGCAGACUACUUCUCUGUUUAGUUUCCAAAAAAGGCUUGUAAUUGCAAUACACACUCCCACCUAAUGCAAUUAUUUGAUUAGGAAAAGGAACACCUUGUACGUUAUGAGACGCCUGUAGAUACUGUCAGUGUGUACAUAAUAAAAGAAGGCUGGGUUAUAAUUAACAUGUUCUACAGCACUAUUCAAAGUGAUAGUGAGGGGUUAUAUGUAUGCAUCAUCUGUUUGCAGGCGUUAGAAUAUCUCUGGCCAUGCCGAACAUAAAUAACCCUCUUCUGCCAUUCAAAUAAAAAGGGUACCGUCACUUGCCAGAUUUUUUAUUUUAACUUAACCUCUAUAUUUAACAUAUAUUGUGAGGUGCGGAAAUUUUAAUGUAGAAAUUCACAAUUCUUUAUCCUGCAACUGGGUGAGUUCCAUCUUAGCUCCGUCAUCUUUUGUACAUGCAUACAAACUCUGUCCUGUGCAUCUAGCAAUUGGCAUAGAGAAAGCGUAUAGAGAAGGGGAGAAAUUAAACCAGAUUUCUGUCUUUCCUCUCCGUUUGCAUUUGCCCUGGCUGUGCCUGGACUAGAUUGUGAUAUUUUAUCUGUUCAGCCUUUAAUGUAAAUUUAAAACCGGAGCAUCAGAUGAAAAGGUUAACACAAGUUAUAGGUAAUUUUCAUUGUUUUACUCCAUGACGAAGUGACAGAUCCCUUUUUAAAUCGGUGAUCAUAGAAAAUGCUAGGUCAUCUACUGCUCCUGUGUUUCGUCCCCCCAAAUGUUAAAAUACAUCAAAGUUCCUUCAGAGGUGUAAACCAUUCUGAAUUGCAGUUUUUCCAACUCCUGCUAUAACGCUUUGGCAUUUCUACUAUAUUGCUAGAUUACUGUAAAUCAGUUGUUAGUUUGCCUUACAUAUUAUUUCCUGCAUUAAUACAAAGUAUGAAAUACUUUCUG